AUGGAGACCCUUCAACCCCGCCCACUGGUGGUUUUGAAAAAGACAGCCUCAUCGACGAGUCUUGCUUCCAAAGAAGACACUACUGACUCAGCACGCUUUUCCAGGAAGUUCGGAAAGCACAUCCAGAAACGGCAACUGGAAAUCCCAGAAUACGCCGCCAGCUUUGUCGACUACAAAGCACUCAAGAAGCUCAUCAAGAAACUUAGCGCUACCCCAGUAAUACCACCACAGAGUGAGGGUUUUCAACAUGAAUCCCUGGAUCCGCAAUCGUCUUUGCAGGCAAACAAGGCCACCUUCUUCUUCCGAGUGGAACGUGAGCUUGAAAAGGUCAACACGUUCUACCUACAGAAAGAGGCAGAGUUGCGUCUGCGCUUGACCACGCUUCUCGAUAAAAAGAGAGUCAUGCAACAACACCCGCAGUCUGUCUCCAAAACAUCCUCGCGGUAUGUUGCCCUCGAGGAGGGGCUAAAGCAGUUUAGCAUGGAUCUGAACAAACUUGAGCAAUUUGUGGAAGUGAACGAAACAGCCUUCUCAAAGAUCCUCAAGAAGUGGGAUAAAACAUCCAAAUCAAGGGAAAAGCAGCUUUACCUCGCGCGCGCCGUCGAAGUCCAACCAUGCUUCAAUCGAGAGGUCAUCAGCACGCUGUCCGACCAAGCAACCCAGGCCCUCCUUGAUUUCUCAGGAUGGGCUGAAGGCGAGGGAGUACAAGCACCUCAUCCCACAGCCGAACCGCGCGUCUCCGAACCUGCUUUCGAAGCGAAACUCGAGCUCGACAACCAAUUUGUGCAAGCCAUCAACACCGCCAACCAAGGCAAGAUAGAAGAAUGCCUCGCUCGUCUAUCGACCCUCCCCGAUGCACGCGACCACAUCUCUAGGGCAUUUCUCAGCACCGUUGCCGAAGCGCCAGAGUCUGCACUGAGGAUUCUGCUCGAUUCGAAUCUUGUAAAUCUCCAACAAGAGGAUGAGAUCAACGAGCGAAAUUGUCUCCAUAAGUCGGCCAUCAGCGGAAGGAUCGAGGUGCUCAAACUUGGCCUGUCGAGUAACGUCGAUGUGCACGCGACGGAUGUGUACGGCAGGAUACCAUUGCAUUACGCCUGUAUGCAUGGGUACGUGGAGCUGGUGCAGGAACUCAUAAACGCUGCCCCAGAAACAGUGAAUUUCCGUGAUCAGGACAGCUUCACGCCCUUGAUACAUGCAAUCGUGCACUCAAAGCUCGCUUGCGUGGAGAUACUCCUUUCGCGAGGUGCUGAUCUUACGCGUCUGGGUCCUGGAGAGCAUGUGCCGCUCAAUCUCGCAUGCCAAUAUGCAUCGCUAGAGAUCCUGGAACUCCUUUUACAAAGGUCAGCUGAGCUGCUUUCGGAUGCGGAAGGGCUGUUCCCUCAACACUUAGUAGCACGAUCGGGCAAGACGCCAGAAGCCUUGCUAAUGCUACGAAAAUACGGCGCCGACCUCGACCAGCCAGACAAACUCUAUCAAUGGACCCCACUCUUUCACGCUGCGAGCGAGGGCCAUGUGGAGUGUCUUAAGACGCUCCUUCAAUGUCAAGUCGACGUAGACAUUGUGGAUGAGAAGGGUCUUUCUGCCAUGUACUACGCGACAUGGGAAGGGCAUCUAGAGUGCAUGCAACUACUUGCUUCUGUUGGACGCGGUGUUGGGCUCAUGACACAGAAACAGGCCUCGCCUCAAAUAUCCUCUCAGCUGUCCAGCUCAAUGCCUACAGCCAUGGAUAUCGAAGGCGACCCUGACGGAAUUCCCGAGUUCAUCCUACCACCACCGAUCAUACCCUUCCGAAGAUAUGGCCACAACUUCCUGGACACAAAGACGUUUGUAGUCAUCAGCUUCGAGAAGGUGGGCAAAGAUGCCAUUCGAUUCUAUGACGAAUCGAAGUACCCUGCUGCAAGGCUUACCAUCUCUUCGAAGAGCUCCGAUCUUAUACCACGCAAUAUCCUGCUACCCAUACAAGAUGAGUUCAAGGUCAUCUCUUUCCAGAUCGAGAAUCUUGAUACCUUCUCUAUCGACUUCGACGUGUACCCUACAAUAGGAUCAAAGGUUAUCGCUCGCAGCGUGGCUUCUUCAAAGGUAUUUACAGAGCGUUCGAAAAGCACAGGCCGAUGGCAUCUCGAACUGUUUGACCCAAGACUACGGGCCAUUGGCAGAGUCACAUUCGACUUCCAGGUGGUCAAGCCGUUUCACGGGAUUCCGCUCGAGAUUACACACUUUGCAACCUACUGGAAGGCAACUAGUCAACUGGACUCACAGCCUCAUACACUCAUUACGGGUUCCAGCCUGUCUGGUGAAUAUGUACGCCUUUUCGUACAACUGACUGCAGAUGGCAUACCGGUGCUACACCCGAGAUGGAAGGUCAACCAUCACGGACUCGAAGUUCCGGUGAACAUCCUUACUUAUGCGCAGUUCGCUGCGAUUGGCGUCGCGCAAACCACCAUGGCCGCAGACCAGCUUGCCGCGGAACUCGGUAACACUGGUUCAGUCAACAUACCAAACAUCUAUCAGAUCAUGGCAUCUUCGUUCAUUACGCUGAAAGAUGCCUUGUCAGCACUCCCGGCUCACAUUCAUGUGGAGCUGCACGUCCUCUUCCCAUCCCGGCUCGAAGAAGAACGUCUCAAGCUUGGCCCCACGCACGACAUGAACACUUUCGCGGACAAGAUCUUAACCGUAGUCUUUGAACAUGCACGCCAAUUGAGGGAGCAAGGUGCGGGCGAGAUAGAUGGAACGUUGAGAAGUGUGCUCUUUAGCUCCUUCAACCAGGACAUAUGCACGGUCAUCAAUUGGAAACAGCCCAACUACCCAGUUCUCCUCUGCAACGAGCUCGGAGCCGAUACUUCGCCGUCGCCCACCGGAAAUACAAACAUCAUCCAAAGCAGCGGUCGUACAACGACAUCUGUGAAGGAGGCUGUGCAGAUCGCGAGGGAUAACAAUUUCAUGGGCCUGAUAUGCAGUUCACGUUUACUGUCACUCGCUCCUGCCCUGAUCGAAUCGAUCAAAACAGCCGGCCUGGUCCUCGUUACAGACAUCACCGAUUCCCCAGCCGAAGAUGCCGCCCAACCUGCGAGCCUCCAUGUGGCAAAUCCGCGUCGACAGAACACACCCGACGGAGUCGAUGGCUAUCUUAAGGGCAACGGCCGACAAGGCCUAUGGCAACAACGAAACACGUCGGCCGGGCACAAUGCAUUCUCGAGCCGGCUCGGAGCGCAGAGCACGUUUGCAAGCCAAGCCAGUGAGGCAGCCAAUGUCACGGCCAAAGCUGCGGGGAGGGGCUCCAAGGGCAGCAAGAGAAGAAGACGACUGCUGAUAACGGGAGGUGGCAUUGCAAUCGGCGCAGCUUUCGUAACAGUAAACGACGAUGCCAAACACGCCUAUGUGGCGGCGCAGCGCAGCUACAGGGUGGUUGCGACGCUGGUUCUCAACAUCAGAGACUAUCGCGACAUACUCAAGCGUGACGACGAGCCCGACUACAACGAGCAACUCAAAGCCUGCCACCUCCGAUGUGCCAAACGUACCCUCCGCACGCUGGAGAAGAACGGCUCCAUUUUCAUAAAGCUGGGACAACAUCUGAGCAGCAUGAACUACCUCUUGCCGAACGAAUGGUGCGAUACCUUUAUACCGCUACAAGACCAAUGCCCGAUAUCCUCCUUCGAAUCCAUACAGGACAUGUGCCGGCGAGACACGGGUCUUGAGCUCUCAGACUUCUUCUCAGAGUUCGAGGAACGGCCCAUAGGCGCGGCCUCGCUGGCUCAAGUGCACCGCGCAACGGUCCGCGAGACUGGUCAGAAGGUUGCCGUCAAGGUACAACAUCCUGCGCUGGACGAAUGGGCCAAACUCGAUUUAGCCUUGACGAGCUUCUCUUUCACAACACUCAAGCGCUGGUUCCCUGAAUACGAUCUGACCUGGCUAUCCGACGAAAUGCAACUUUCUCUCCCACAAGAACUCGAUUUCGCCCUUGAAGGGAAGAACGCUAUGCGCGCACGAGAGUACUUCUCCCACGUCCGCGAUGUGCCCGUCGUCAUACCUAAAGUGCUCUGGGCCAAGCGCCGACUGCUGGUCAUGGAAUACGUAUCCGGAUUUCGGACAGACGACCUCAAGAGCUUGGAUGAACACGGCAUCGAUAGAGAUGAAGUGUCGGCAGCACUGGCGAGGAUAUUCAACGAGAUGAUCUUUGGCAGAGAUGCACCACUCCAUUGCGACCCUCACGGCGGAAACAUCGCUAUACGGCACAACCCCGCUCGCGGAGGCAAGUCCAACUUCGAUGUUAUAUUAUACGACCACGGUCUCUAUCGCGACAUCCCCUUGCCCUUGCGACGCAACUAUGCGAAGCUCUGGCUCGCCGUCUUGGACGCUGAUGAAGCUGGUAUGCGCAAGUACGCCUAUCAGGUAGCAGGCAUCAAAGAAGAGCAUUUCCCCCUAUUCGCGUCGGCAAUUACCGGAAGAGACUAUACCGUGCUGGCGAAGAAGGAGAGUGGCACAGGUGGUGUGAUGACAAGCAGGACAAGUGAAGAAAAGAAAGUCAUCGGAGACGCUUUGGGAGAAGGGUUGAUUGAGAGCCUGAUUGAGCUGCUUGGACAAGUUCCGAGGGUGAUUCUGUUAAUCUUGAAGACGAACGAUCUGACGCGCUCUUUAGACGAAGGUCUACAUACACGCCAAGGUCCCAUGCGCACUUUUCUCAUUCUAGCACGCUAUGCUAGUCGUACGGUUUAUGAAGAGAGUCUGGACAAUCUCAACGGCAGCGUGCUUUGGCCGAGCAACUUCCUUAGCUGGCUGGGUGCGUGGACGAGACACAUGAGAGUCGAAAUGCAAUUGAGUGGAUACGAGACGUACCUCAAACUACGGGCGCUGCUGGGUAUGCAGAAGAUUGAGAUUGGGGACAGCUUUAGAGAGUAA